AAGUGUGCACCACUCUUUAUUGUCCCAGUGAAACACGUGUUUGGCCAACAUAUUUCCACCGGCUGAGAUCACUUCGAUGACGUCACACAGGAGGAAGAACGAAACAAGAUGGCGUCUGGCGGAGAAUACGUUGUUUUAGUUGUUAUGGUUUCUAAGUCUUAAUUACAACGUACAUGUGCACAUGUGUGUCGUUUAACAGAGUAAACGUCGUUAUUAAUUGUUUGUAUGUAAGCUAGCCGAGCCUGCUGGUUAGCUUAGCUUGUUAGCUGCUAACAAACAGAGGCGGAAGUGAUCGACACAUCAAAGCAGAGAUCCAAUACGUCUGUGAAGAACAACUUCUGCCUGAAAAACAGGAGUGUAGCUUCAGGAUGGUGAAGGAGGAUCCAUCAAAGAGGAAGAUGAGGCGCCACGGACCCUCUAGCAUUUCCUUUUCCUCUUUGACACAGACCCUUCCCUGUAAAAAGGAAGAGGAAGAGGAGGAACACAGCAUCAGUCAGGAGGGAGAUCAUUUUAAAGGACUGGUGGAGUUCCCAGUGACUGGUGUCCCUGUGAAGAGUGAAGAUGAUGAGGUCAAAGGUGAAGGUGAGAAGAGGGGAGGGGCGGAGCCUCCAAGCAGCAGCUCAACACAACACAUGACAACAGAAGCUGAUGGAGACCACUGUGGAGGAUCACAAGCAGACAAGCUCUUAGCUCCACUAUCAGAUAGUGAGGACACAACGUCACACUCUCUUGACACUGAUGAUGAAGACUCUAAAGAUGAUAAGACAUGUCACACUGACAACACUCACUUGACAUGUUCUCUCUGUGACAAAACCUUUAAAUACCAUUGUCGUCUGAAAAUACACAUGAGAACACACACUGGAAAGAAACCUUUUUCUUGUUCAAUCUGUGGCUUAUCUUUUACAAGGAAGGAACAUAUGAAAGAGCACACAAGAACACAUAUAGUAGAAAAAACGUAUGUGUGUCAUGUGUGUGAUUCAAGGUAUAUACGAAGUAAAGGUUUGAAAGAACACCUGAAAAGACACACUGGGGAAAACCUUCUUAAGUGUUCUGUGUGUAAUUCAAGUUUUGUCCAAGGUGAUCAUUUGAAAAGACACAUGAGAACACACACAGGAGAAAAACCUUUUAGCUGUUCACUCUGUAGUAAAAGUUUUGCACAAAGUCAAAAUUUGAAAGUACACAUGAGAACACACAGUGGUGAAAAACCUUUUUCCUGUUCAACCUGUGGCUCAUCUUUUACAAGGAAUGAAUAUUUGAAAGUGCACAUGAGAACACACACUGGUGAAAAACCUUUUUUCUGUUCAGACUGUGGUAAAGGUUUUACAAAAAAAAACGUGUUAAACGUACACCUGCUAAUACAUACUGGAGAAAAACCUUUUACCUGUUCAAUAUGUGGUAAAAGUUUUACACACUGUCAGAGUUUGAAAAAACACACACUUUUACACACUGGUGAAAAACCUUUUACCUGUUCAAUCUGUAGUAAAGGUUUUGUACAAAGUAACACUUUGAAAGUACACAUGAAAACACACACUGGUGAAAAACCUUUUUCCUGUUUCGUAUGUGGUAAGGGUUUUGCACAAAGUCAAAAUUUAAAAAAGCACACUAGAACACACACUGGUGAAAAAUCACAUUCAUGUUCGAUCUGCAACAUGAGCUUUUGUGAACGAUCAACCCUUAGAACACACAUGAGAAGACACCCAGGAGAGAAAGUGUUGAGUUGCAGUGUGUGUGGUGAAAGAUUCUCUUAUAAGUACCAGUGUAAGAAACACAAGUGUGCUGGUUAGAACAGCAGCAGCAAAUGAAACUGCAGAAUAUGAAAUAAACUGUCAAGACUUUAAUUUUGACUUUCUAACAACAUCAGCACAUAUAACAUGUGUGACAUUGUUGUUUGUUUAACAAUCUUUUUAACAGGUUUCUACAUUUAUAGAUUAGAUAUUUUAUAUUAGUGCUUUUUUCAGUCAAGUAUAUACAUUAAUAUGCAACUUUGUGUACUUUUUUUUAAAAAAUUGAACAGAAUUACCAUGAAUUGAUCAACGUGGACCCCGACUUAAACAAGUUGAAAAACGUAUUCGGGUGUUACCAUUUAGUGGUCAAUUGUACGGAAUAUGUACUGUACUGUGCAAUCUACUAAUGAAAGUAUCAAUCAAAAAAAAAAAAACUUUGGCUGAAAUGGUGAGAGUAAACAGUACAAGACAUAUUUUACAUAAAAUAAAUAUUUUAUGUGUAUAUUUAUAUGCUCAUCAGACAAUUUUAGACUUAUUCGUAAUACUGUUUUUAUAGGUGUUUGAAAUAUUGAAGUGUGACAAAUUUGUAUUUAUAAUUGUUAAUAAUCUUAUAGAUUAGCCUCUUUAUAUGAUAUACAUAUUUACUGGUUCACAUCUGAAACAUCUUCUGGACCACUUCAGGAAGCAUAUUAUUAUUUACUUUAUACAUCAUUUGUACAGUUGUCUUUUAUACAAUUUUGAAAUGUGUGACUUUAUGAAUCAUUUGUUGGGUCUCUAUACCAGUGUAUCAAUUGUCUUUAUUACACUUGUAAUAUGAUUGUUUUGUGAUUGUUUUAUAUGUAUGUCCCCAGACCUUUAUGCAAUAUAAAAGUGAGAGAAAAAGGCUGAAUUGUUUGUGGAAGGAUGGUUUUGUUUUUACAAACAUACAUUCCUGGAUUUAAAAAAAAAAAUCCCCAUUGUUGUGUUUUAAA